AUGAUUCUAAAACAGCUGACGGCAAAAUCGGCUAGAGAGUACUGGAAUCAAUACUGGGUUGAAAUAGAGACCUCCAGGGGGCAGGCCUCAAACGUUGGUGAUACUCAAAAAUGCUACGAACUUAUUCCCCAAACUAGUUGUAAGCUGUCUUCACUGAGUGACUCAGUUCGUGAUGUGAAUUGCGGCUUUAUUGCUGACAACGCGACCAAGGUCGAGCGCUGGCGUGAGCACUUCCGUGACUUCGAUCUUCAACCCAGCAGCCCCCUGCUCCCAUCUACAGCAGAGCCUCCUUUAUCCCUCACUUAUCCAGUGUCAUGCGACCCGCCUUCUGAAGGAGAAAUCGUUGAUGUCUUUAAAAGUCUGUGCAAUAACAAGGCACUUGGAGAAGACGGUAUGCCCACUGAAGUCUACAAGUCUUGUGUCGACACGCUUUGCUAUUGUUCUUCUCAGACGAUUCCAGCCUGUGCAUGA